AUGAAAGCUGCUGAAAGUUUCAAUGUGCCACUGAACAACUGGGCAUUAGAUACAAGCAGUGUCACAGCCAUGGGGGGAUACUUGAUACCUUGUUGCAGUGUUUUUUUUGUUUCACCCCUCAACGACGCAACACUGAUGGACUCGUCUCGUCUCCAGAAAGAGUUUUCCGUUAGCGGGUGGCAACUUCAUUGCCAUGAUCAUGCAGCCACCGGUCCCCGCCGUCCUCCUCCGUCCUCCUCCGUCGUCUCAUCAGACGGGGGGGGGCGUUGGAUUUUACAGCAUCCCUUGAACUCACAUGCACGUACUAUACGGUACGAAGAGUGGCCAUUUACUUUGCUAGCUCCCCUGCUCUAG